CAGACCGCACCUCUGAGGCUCUGAACCGGUUCCACAGCCAGACACCGAUCCAAACCCCAUCCCCCCGACGACGUUCGCCGCGACGUUCCCCCUCCCUCUGCUCGGCCAAAUCCCCCGCCGCCGCCGCCGCUACAGUUUGCUCGUCCGUCGCUGUAGGGCGAGGGGGAGGGGGGAAAGAUGAAGACAACCAAGGGAGGGAAGGUCAUGAACCCGACCGACGCCUUCCGCAAGGAGCAGCGCAGGAAGGAGCUCAAGCGGAACAAAAAAGAAAGGAAGAAGGUACGAGAGGUUGGUAUUUUGAAAAAGGAUCCGGAUGCUAUAAAGGAUCAGAUUGACAAAUUGGAAAAGAUGAAAGCUGAUGGUGCUCUGGACAAGGCUAGGAAACAUAAGAAAAGGCAGCUUGAAGAUACUUAUAAUCUUGUUGUGAAGAAAAGAAAGGAAUAUGAAGACAAAAUGAAAGAAAAGGGCGAGCAACCAAUUAUGUUCAGCCAUCUUGGACCACCAAAGAGGCGGCCUGCAGCAGACGAAGAUGACAGAGCUAAAAACCCUAUGCCUGAGGAUUCUGUUUACUACCAUCCAACUCUGAAUCCAUCAGGGGCACCACCACCCGGCAAACCUCCCAUGUACAAAUCAUCUAUAGGACCGAGGAUCCCAUUGCCUUCCUCGUCCAGUGCUGGGGCCUCAUCUUCCAUGCAAGAAUCCGAAGAAGCAGGUCCUUCCACCAUGCCGCCACCUCCACCACCCCCUCCACUGCCAGCCUCUUCAGAACCUACUGAUCCAUCUGCUCCUUCUUUACCUUUACCCCCACCCCCACCUCCGCCCCCACCUAAGCCUGCUGGUGAUGCAGCAUUACCAGGCUUACCUCCGCCACCUCCACCUCCUCCUGGCGCACCUCCUAGAGAACCUGUGUUAGGUCAUACAUUACGGCCACCACCUCCACCUCCGCCACAGCGGCCUUCGCAACCACCAACCCUACCCGGUACUAUGGAGCUUGAUAAUAAACAAGCUGUCGGAGAGGGUGCAAGCUCGACUGAUCCUGCACAGGCCCCAGUUGUGCUACCUCCACCACCACCUCCCCCAAGGCUGCCACCAAAAUCAAAUGAAAUGCAGGCUGCUGAUAAUAAUGCCAGGGAUGCUCCUGUAGUUAACGAAGAUGCUAAAAUCUCAAGGGUUUUACCGCCUCCUCCACCACAUCCAUCACAGAUGCUGCCUCUACCUCCAAGACCUCCGAUGAUGCCUCCAAUGCAACCUGAAAUGCUAACUCCAGGAAUGGCUAGAUUUCCUCCACCUCCUCCACCACCAGAUUCAAGGCCACCAUUUAUGGCUCCUGGUGUUUCUGCCAGGCCCCCUCCACCUCCUCCUCCAGGAUUACCUCCAGCUCAAAUGCCUAUGGCACCCUACGGUGUACUUCCUGGUCCGCCACCUGGUCCGCCACCAAUGCUUAGGCCUCCAUUUUUUCCAGGACCCCCUUUUCAAGCAGAUGAUUUUGCUGCUUUUGCUCCACGGCCACAGUUACCUCAGCAGCCAUCUUAUGUAAAAUCAGCUGCUUCAACAGUUGUAAAGAGACCAUUAGCACAACAUACUCCUGAGCUAACAGCUAUGGUUCCUGCAUCAGUUCGAGUUAAAAGAGAAUCUGCUGCCCCCAAACCAAAACCAAAAGCACAGCAACAGUCAUCAACACCGUCAUCCUCGACUCUGAAGCCUUCGGUAACCCUGAUAAAAUCUGUGGCCCAGCCUUCACCUGCAAUUCCUAAGCCACAAAGCAUUGAUGACUCUUACAUGGCAUUCCUGGAAGAUAUGAAGCAACUAGGCGCUCUUGAUGAGUAGCGCCCAAUCCCUUUUCUUGGCCGGCACUCUGCAGCUGCAUCAUGAACCUGACCUAAACAUGAGCCUGUUCUUUGCAUUGUGGCUCAUGAAGCGCUUUGCCUGCUAUGACUCGAAACCAUUUUUUGUUUUCCCAUCAGCAAGCAAAUGUUCCGGAACAAUUAUAAUCAGUCCUAUCAUUCUUGUUGUACAACACAAACACAGCUGUAUGUCUAAUGAAUGCCCCGGACAGCUCGGUACUUGGAUAAGACCAGUCGUGGGGAGCAUUACUAGCAGCUCUGGUUACUAUUCUGUGUUUUCAUUUCCCCUUUCCAUUGAAAUGGAUUAGAUAAACACCUAAGCUUAUGCAACCAGAGCUCCAUUUGAUCAUAACACGUUUUGAAAACAGGCCGCAGCUGUCUGUGAGCUUGUAGCAAUUCGUGCGUGCCUGUAUGGAUCUUCCAAAUGUGGCUUUACAAGAAAAGAAAUGGAUACAUCUCUCAA